GACAUAUAUUAUUUGCAGUGCGUUUUGUAACGUAACACGCGAAAUAAAGACGAUGACGGUACCGUUGCCUGUGACCUGUGACCAUUGCGUAUUUUAUCGAUUCGAAUUCGAUUUUUCCAAAUAUUUAUUCGUCUACUCUCACAGUCAGUGAAAUCGCCACUCGUUUGCUAAAUUUCUAUUAUCUUUCGCACUCUUUCUUACACUGUUCCGAUCUUUUUUUUACGCGUUCCCUUGUUUACCGGGAUCUUUUUCGACGCACGUAAGCAACAGCCACCCAAAAAUAAAUCGGCAACGAUUAAUUGGAACCCGUCUAUCGUUUCGACACCGGCCACGGUUCAAUCGAACAUACGAAUUCUACCGAUGCUACCUACAACGCAUACAUAAACACGUAUUUAUACCGUGCCUCGAACAAAUAUGGACACCAUGCGGGACAAAGUUUUUCCUCCCCGGGGAUCGUUUUGCGAACACUAUCUCGUUAAAAGCAUCUUUUUAAGCGCUUCAUUUCAGCCGUAGAUUGCAAACAUCGUAAUCGCGAUACCAUUACGAGCAAACGAAAGUGAUGCGAGACACGUGUAAAAUGGUUUGCGCGACUCUUUACGUUUAGGCAGAAACGUAACGAUACCAUAGACGUACAUUACCACCGAGCCAGUGUUUUAUUUAGAGUUUAAUUAAUCGUAUCGCUCGAAAAUUGUCUAUCUCCAUAAUUAUCGCCGCGGAACUACAAACAUAACAAAUCAUCCAACGACUAGAUACCAUUUUAUUAUUUACAUACUUGGCCCGUCUACGCGCCACAUUCUCGCGCAUACCUUGUCCGCAGUACGUCAGCAUUAAUUACUAUGACAAAUGCUAAUUACCAACAUCGUCGCGAUACGUACUCGUAGUUACCCCGACAAACGUAUUUUCAUUUAAAUCGCGAGCCUCGCGAUUGCUUUGCGAUGCGUUUAAAUUUCAAUAGUUUGUUAGAGUUACUCCGGAUCAUGACUCAGUCUCCGGUUGCUAUCAUUGGAUAACGUCUGAACGGAAAAUGAACUUCCUUGUAACGUUGCUCGCGCGCAAAUCAGAACGGAGAAACUAUCGAUAGUUAAAAUCCGCGAUAUCGUGGACACAUUUUGAUCGACCUCGAACUCUGUAGCUCGGAUGCAACGACCGUAGCAAACGAUUCGUCGUAAUACGUCAAUCGCGGUACGUUCGGAAAUGUAUACAUAUACAUAUAUGUAUAUGUGAUCGAGGUAGUUGCAUUUGGAAUAUUGCGUUCAAUUAGUCAUCGCCGAAUAUACAAAGGGCCGAAUUGAGCCACACGAGAGUUGGCCACAAGUAACAGCUUAGGAGAGAUCAAGCUUCCAGAGAUCAACCCUCGGACUAUGAACGACUAUACGUGUAUACUUGAUACUCUCGCGAAAAUUACUAUUCAAUUUGGCUUACGAUACAAUUAUUUUAAAAAUAACAAAAGUUAUUUAAAAAAGAAAAGAAAGAAAAACCAGUAUAAUAAAUAAUUAUCCAAGCUGCAAAAUGUACAGUUGCCAAGUAUAAGUAACAUCAAUUUAAUCGUUUUUUAUCUUUCCAUUUUCUUUGUUAAAAUUAUUACCGGAGACCUCACUGUACCUGUAGCCCAGGGCUCUACAAACUCUUAAUUCGAUUCUGGAUGUAUCGCGGAACCAUAUUCGAGGAGACAUGGUGCAGAAGAUGGUGGCAUAUCUCCCAGAGAAGUCUUUCCCUGACGACGAGCUCCUUUGCUCCGUGCUUAAGUUCGAUUCUAGCGAAAGGAAUGGAAAAUCCGAGAACCUCUACGAAAGAAGCAAAGACAUCGAGACCUUCGUUUCCAAAGGACAAGGAUAAUAAAACGGAGACGAAUCUAGUCGUUAAAAACGCACAAAACGUUGCUACAGAUGUGACUGUGACGUAUUAUCGGGGAUUACCCAAGAUCACGGUACCUCUGCCAUCCAGAAGGGAACGUUGCAUGUUUACUCUGAAACCGAUAACUCAUACGGUGGGAGACUUGAUCAAAAUGCUGAAGAGGGAGGAUCGUGGCAUCGAUCGAGCGAGCGUAAUGACGGUCGACGGCGUCAAGAUAGGUUACAGCAACACGAUAGAAACGUUAAUGGAAGAUGACUUUCGGUUGAUAAUAAACGACAACGAAUACAUCGUUUCACCGCCGUUGCAUCACAGGCAUACGAUGGAAAAUAUAGAGAAGUUAUCGGACGUACAAACUUUAGUCGGACAACUGUACGAAGCGUUUCACGUUCGAGAACAUCAUGCCGACAUGGAGAAGCAAAUUUUGGCCGAGCUGGAAACUGUCAGACUGGAGCUAGAACCUCUCGAGCAGCAACUGCAGGAAUUGGAAAGCGUAGCUAUCAAGAAAACGCAACGUUUCGUCUGGAUGUUGUUACUCGCGAUGUCGAUUCAGUUCAGCUGCUUGGCCAGGUUAACCUGGUGGGAAUACUCGUGGGAUAUCAUGGAACCGGUCACGUAUUUCGUUACUUUCGGCACCAUGGUGAUCUGUUACAUCUAUUACGUCGUAACAGGACAGGAAUACAUGCUACCCGGCGUAAUAAGCAGGCGACAUCUCGUCGCUCUUCAUCGGAGGGCCAAGCAAGCUGGAUUCGAUCUCAAUCAGUACAACUUCUUAAAGGACCGGACUUACGAAUUGGAAACCGCCUUAAAGGUUAUUCGUGGACCCCUAUACGAUCAUAAAAAUCGUCUGGAACAGAGGAAGAGGGCAAGAUCAAGCUCCAGCAGUUCAAGAUCACCAAGUUCUUCACCUAGUCCUAGUCCUAGUCCUAGUCCUAGUCCUAGUCCGGAAAGAGACAUGUCCAAGAAAUCCGUUUCCUGAAGAAACACGAUUUAGUUCAACUUAGACGCACGAAAAAACUAAGGCUAUGGCUCAUCGAUGAUUAAUACAUUGCUAGAUCUUCGAUGAACUAAAUUUCGUUGCAGAUCUUUUUUCCCGUGUUAAAAGAGAUGCUCUCAGGGUGGUUACCGAAUAACACUUAUAGUUAAGAAGAAGAAAAAUGAACAAUGAGAAAAUCUCUAAAAAUAUUCGAAUCGUCGACAAAGUCUUCUGAGUCGUAUGACGACACUCCUAUUCAACGGUUAUAUGUAUGUAUAAUAUACAUAUAUAUGUAUAUCUACCCGAUGCUCAAUGUUGUUCACUGCAGUGCAUUUGGAAGACGUCGAAAAAGGAAAUGUAUAUACCGCAGUUUUCUACACACCGUCAUUUACUACACGCUAGAGCUAGAGAAUUGAAUAUUUGAGAUUUAAAGGAACAUUGCCGAAUCGUGUUUUUUAGCAAUGCCAGUGUACCGAAUGAUUCACCAGAAACAGAAUAUCAAAUUGUCUCUUUUGGCAUUAAAAACAUGCAAAAUUAUUCGAUAUAAAUUCGAUAUGAUACUCGAAAAAGUUUACUUUUGUCGAGAACUUGGACUAUAACAGAGACAGUCGAGUACUCUCUUUCUAGUGGAUUGUGUUUUAUGCGUACAAAUGUGUGUGUGUGUGCGCGCGCGCGUGUGUGUGUGUUUGUGCGCAUACAUGUGUGGAUUAUGCGGUUGUAUUUGUGAUAAAUUGACGUGUUUAUUUUUAAUUAAAUUGCUCGUUUUGCAAUUUUCGCACGAGUAUUUGUCAUAUUGUAUGACGAAUCAACGAUCGAAUCGAAGAUUUUAUUUACAAGUCGACUUUUCGCUCUCUGCGUGUAUAUUGUAAUAUUAUUUUUUCUACAAUGCGAUAUUGAUAACGUUGUUACUGUAAAUAUACCUUUUCUUUUCUCGCGAAAGCAACCAACGAUUUUGUUUUCGUGUAACAGACGUGGUGCAAUCGUACUUAACUUUUAUUUUAGAAAAGAAACGGUGUACAUACUCGUUGACUCAUCGUACAGAUAUUAAUAGCAUCAGCGGUUUUAAUUUAAUGCUAACACCAGCGUCUCCACUGUUUUUCAUUGUAAUUAGCAAAUAACUUUUGCUAAUAUAUUUAAUUAUUCCCAGUGUAUUUUAUCCAAAAUUUUUACAAGGAAUGUUCUAAUUAAUACAUCGCUUAAAACUUUAUGCAAUCAGCGACUUUACUUUGUCGCUGUUCAUAGCAACACAUUAGUAUCUAAUAUUUGUAACGAUACUCGCUCUAAUACUUUUAUUCCUACUGACUAUUGGUGACACACAAAUUUCAAGGUUUUUAAAUUUUGUGCACCAAUAUUAAUUUCACAUAUUUAGCACUUUAAAAUUAAGCUAAAUUAUAUGAUUAACAUGACCGUUACUAUUUAUAAUAUCAUUCACGAAAGUAUCUUAGAUGUAACGUAGACAACUGUUUCUAGACUCUUUAACAAAUUUUCUCUGGCUUUCGCAAAAAUUCGUUAUCCGUCCGCUCGAAUAGUUCAUCAUUGCAUCAACGAAAAUUAUACUAAUACUUUAUUUUUUAUGGUAAUUCAAGAUUAUGUACUAAUUAAGUCUUUUCUGUACUAUACUUUUAUCCAUCGCUUCUUUCAUAUAAGAGUAACACAACCAAAGUUUUUUUAAAAUUUGGGAAUGGAUUUCAGAAGUAAUGUAUUUUUAUAACAAAUAACGAUACGGUUAUUACUUCGUUAAUUUGAUUAUUCUAAUAAGAUGUUCCUUACAUUUUAAUAAAUAGAACAAUUUUAUGUGUUUCAUAAAAAGUGUUUAAUUCUUUGAGUUGUAUCACUCUUAUUGGAAUCGGAAAAUUGACAAAUUUAGGAACAGCGUAUUUUAACUUUAGAAAACAUGUGAAAUGUAGAUAUAUAUACUAUAACCUUUGAAACGUAUCCGAUCAACUUCCACUGGUCAGUGGUAAACUAGAGAACGUAUGCUUGAGUCCAUUAGUUUUUUUGACUCGCUAUAAAUUAGGCAACUCGUUGCGCACGAGAUCAAGCACAGUUUCAGAGAAUUUCCCGAUUGCAGGAAUCAAAUGAAUGUCGCUUCAUCGCAUGAAAUAGCGUGUUCUUUGCGACAAUUACUAUUUUAAAAACGAUACUAGUUCGAAGCAAUUUACUAGUGCUAGUUCAAGUCGCUGAUUCUUCAACUCGCACGAAUGAUCUCGAAAUCUUUUAAAUUCAUUGGAUCCAAGGCCAAUGGAGAAAAACAACAUACCGUAUAUGUAAGGUACUUCGGAAAAACAAUCGUGAUAUAAUUACUGAUAUCUAAUUGUAACUUGUACAAAGGUAUCUUUUUUUCCCAUUUCCACAUAUUACUCGCCAACUAAAUUAGCUCGUUACUCUUGAGUACAUACAUGGGUAUUACGUUUCCGCAAAUCUAAGUUCUCAAAACCAAUCAAUUUAAAGGAACGUGGCAACGUAGAGUGCGGUCUUACUGUAUCGAUAUCCUAAUAUUUGAUUUUAUAUACUUUUCACGCGUACAUAUUAUUUCCGACGAAUGCAUACAAAUAUUUAUACAACCUUGCGUUGUGCUGUGAUUUGCGUCCAUGUGUCCAUUAUACAUAAAGAAAGUGGUUGGAAAUGAAAUAAAAUACAUCGACAAUUUAA